CAACAAAACAAAAACUUCUUAAAAACUUAAAUCCGUAGAUUUGAAAAAUAUUUUUCGAACCCUAGUUCUCAGCUUAUCACCAUGGAAGAAUCAGCCAUCAAAGGUCUGAAAUUGCUGGAAUUCAACGAUAGUGGUGCAGACUCUCAAACUCACAGUAGCACUAGUACGGCUAUUUCCGUUGAAGGAUAUAACACUACGCUUAAGGAGUAUCCUCUCAGGCUCGCAUUGGCAAAACAUUUCGCUUCAUGCGGAAAGAUCACACAAAUUUAUGUUCCUAGAGACUUUAAAAAGAAACUCCUCAAGAGAGCCUCCUUCGUUUGGAUCGAGGGAGACGAUGCCGAAGAAAAGGCAUUGCAACUUAGUGGAACUGACGUUGGAGGAUGGACUGCUAUCGUUAAGCCUGUGCCCUCUCAGAAAAUAUUCUAUGAUGAUUCUUGGAGUGCUGCUACUCCUGAGGCUAUAUGCCCCCAGGAGAUGGAAGAAGAAGAUGCUUGAUAUGUUGGUGCACGAAAUUCACGAAAGAAAAAGUAUCGAUUUAAGUAAAAAUAAGCCAUGAUGAAUAAGGCUUUCUCGCUCUUACUUCUACUGCUCACGGUAACAGUUGUAGGAGCUAGCGUGACUGGUACAAGGGAGUCAUGGGAUGAUAAUGAUAAUAAUUAAUCCACGACCUAUAUUUGGUUAGAUGUUAAAUACAUCAUAUUUCAGUUCAAUUUUAAACCAUACUUAUUUUGUCUAAUCCGUUGUAUCGUCAAAGUUAAGUUUUCAAAUUUAGAUUUUGUUGAC